AUUUUGAUUGGUUCUUUCAUUUUAGCCAGGGAAGUUUGAAAUUCGGUAAAACGAAGAAAAUGUCUGAACAAAAUAUCGACCCAGCUUUAAGCGUUCGCUCAACAAAAGAAAAUAAUAGAUCAACUACUUCGGCCAAAGAUACACAUUCCGUUAGCAAGAGAUUACAGCAAGAACUCAGAACACUUCUUAUGUCUGGUGAUCCAGGAGUGUCAGCAUUUCCAGAUGGUGAUAAUCUCUUCAGAUGGGUUGCUACCCUACUUGGACCAAAGGGCACAGCAUAUGAAAGCCUUAGUUACAAACUAUCACUAGAAUUUCCCAGUGGUUACCCAUACCAGGCACCUACAGUCAAGUUUGAGACCCCAUGCUGGCAUCCAAAUGUAGAUCAGUCUGGAAACAUUUGCCUCGAUAUUUUAAAAGAGAAAUGGUCAGCCCUAUAUGAUGUGAGAACAAUACUGCUGUCAUUACAAAGUCUUUUAGGAGAGCCAAACAACGAGAGUCCUCUAAAUGCACAGGCUGCUGAACAGUGGAAUAAUCAAGCCGAGUACAAGAAAAUUGUUGUGGAAAAAUAUAACAAAAAUGCUGCAGCUGCUAACAAAUAGAUGUACAGUUAAUACAUCUGCUUUAAAAACAUCAUCAUCAUUUGGUAUUUUAGUCGCUAAGGGAUAUUUUAUACAUUGAUUUUUGAACUUUUCAUAAGUGUCAUCUGAAGGUGGAUAUUAAAAGUACCUAUAUUAUUGUGAAAAAACAACAACUUUGGGGAAAAAAACAGGAUAUAUUUUUAAUAAACUCAUAUUUCAUUUAUUUGUCAGAGACAAGAUUGAAUACCAACUCUCGGGUGUAAUGUUUCAACGGUUUAGUGAUACAGAAUAUCUUUCCUUUAUAAAUUUUGGAAAUUUAUGUUAAGUAGAAUCUAAAUAAUUUUGUUAAAAUCAUACUAUUACUAUACCUUAUACAAAAGUUGAGUCAUUGUGCUUACCGGUGUUUAAUUUUCAUAUACGUAACCUACAGUGAGUUAUAUUUUAUUUUACUACACAUUGAAUUUUGAGAACAAUUUUUAGUAAUAAUAAGCAUCACAUAAAAUUUUUGUUUGUGCAUAAGCAAAACUACUUGCUAAUUAAUGACUUUUGAAAGACUGCCCAAUCUUCACCCCUACAGGUCCACAUCCACUCUCUUCUUGUCUUAACAUUCUUCCUUCUAGGACUUUUUUACUUUGUCAUGUUAAAACGUUUUUCCUAACAGAUUCAGAGGAUAUAAGUUUAUGAUUAAUUAUUCAACAUUUAUGUCUAUUUUUAAUCCAUUCUAUACAAUAUACUGAAUGCAAUGAAACAAAAUCUCUCUCAGAAUUUAAGAGGGUAAUCUCAUAAUAAGGUUACACAAUGACUUGUAAAAAAAAACAUAGACAUGAUAUACAAACUGUAAAUCGGGUAUUUUUCUCAAGGUAUUAAAUUUUGAAGUGUCUGAUUUAUUUAAAAGAACUGAAGGUACAAUUUUAACCCCUAAAAUAAGUCUGAAAUGUUGAUUUCAAGAAAAUUAGGCCUCACGAAAAAAUCUUAUUUUACAGUAUUACUUUUAUUAUAGUAACAUAUCCCAAGACUUUAUCUUGUUUCAACUGACUUUCUUUCCUACACUAGUCAUUAAAAUCUUUCAACUAAGUGCUGUUCACAUGUAAAUGAAAUGAAUUUCCUUUGUCUAUUUAUUUAUUUUAUUUUUUAUACCAGAAUCUCAACAACAACAACAACAAAAAACAGCUCUUUUUAGUUCUUCAACAAAUUUGAUCUUUAUAAAAAAAGUGGGGGGAAAACAUGCCAAUGAUAAAAAUCAGUUGUAAAAUUACCAUAAUUUAUUAAGUUGAAGUAGACUACCAAAAAAAAGUUUUAAUAGUGAAGAAGUUUUUUUAUAUUGCCCACAUUAUUUGUGUUUAUUUUCACCUGCCCUGUCUUUUGUAAAUGUCUCAAUCUCUUUUCUAUGUUUCAACAAUCUGUUAUUUCUUUUAUCUUUGUGAUCAUUUUGUAAAUAAAUAAUCAUAUUUGUAUCGAUAUAUUUGUAAAUUUGUGUGAUUUGUGUAUUUUAUAUGAAAAUACCUUGUGUAAUAAAUAUUGAACAAUA